CUCCUGCCCAGCCGGCUGGCAGCGGGCUGCUGGCCGGGGUCCUGCGAGCCGGGGCGGGCCGGGGCAGGGCGAGGAGGGGGCUCCGGCCUCAGCCCCUGGCCCGGGGCGGCCCCCGGGGGCCUCCGCGAGGCCGCGGGCAGCGGCAGAGGCAGCGGCGGCGGCGGCGGCGGCGCGGCGGGGCCGGGCGGCAUGGCCCGGGGCGAGGCCAGCCUCCUCCGCUGGCUGCGGGAGGGCCGGAGCUCCCGGAGGCUCAUCCUCCUCAUCGUCUUCAUCGCCCUGCUCCUGGACAACAUGCUGCUCACCGUGGUCGUGCCAAUAAUUCCCAGUUACCUUUACAGCAUCAAACAUGAGAAAAAUGCAUCAGAAGUCCAGACUACUAAGCCUAACGUAGUUUCAGCAACGAUGGACAAUUUUCAGAGUAUCUUCUCCUACUAUGACAACUUGACGAUGGUUACUGGGAAUGAGUCUGCUCAGCCGGGCCCCAGAGAGCUGCCCCACACCCCGACAGAACAAAUGACAGUGAACGUGACUGCUCCUCCAUCUGAUUGCCCUAAGGAGGACAAGGACCUGCUGAACGAAAAUGUUCAAGUUGGGCUAUUGUUUGCUUCAAAGGCAACGGUGCAGCUGAUCACUAACCCCUUCAUAGGGCCGCUGACGAACAGAAUAGGCUACCAGAUUCCAUUGUUUGCUGGCUUCUGCAUCAUGUUUGUGUCAACGAUCAUGUUUGCCUUCUCAGGAAGCUACACAUUACUGUUUAUUGCAAGGUCCCUCCAAGGAGUGGGCUCCUCUUGUUCUUCAGUGGCAGGGAUGGGUAUGCUUGCCAGUGUAUACACAGACGACGAAGAGCGAGGCAAUGCGAUGGGGAUUGCACUGGGAGGACUUGCUAUGGGAGUAUUAGUGGGCCCACCUUUCGGGAGCGUCAUGUACGAGUUUGUGGGGAAGAGCUCGCCGUUCCUUGUGCUGGCAGCACUGGCUCUGCUAGACGGAGCUGUUCAAUUAUUUGUUCUGCAGCCGUCCAGAGCACAGGCAGAAAGUCAGAAGGGGACACCGCUACUGACACUUUUGAAGGACCCAUAUAUCAUUAUUGCGGCAGGAUCAAUCUGCUUUGCAAACAUGGCUAUCGCUAUGCUUGAACCAGCUUUACCCAUCUGGAUGAUGGAGACCAUGUGUUCCAAAAAAUGGCAACUUGGCGUUGCUUUUCUUCCGGCUAGUAUCUCUUAUCUUAUUGGGACUAAUCUUUUUGGGAUACUCGCGCACAAAAUGGGAAGGUGGCUCUGCGCUUUACUCGGGAUGCUAAUCGUGGGAGUAAGCAUUUUAUGUGUACCAUUUGCUAAGAACAUUUAUGGGCUCAUAGCACCCAAUUUUGGAGUUGGAUUCGCCAUCGGAAUGGUGGACUCCUCCAUGAUGCCCAUCAUGGGCUACCUCGUGGAUCUGCGCCACGUGUCAGUCUAUGGCAGCGUGUAUGCCAUAGCUGAUGUUGCCUUCUGCAUGGGCUUUGCGAUAGGUCCCUCUGCUGGUGGUGCCAUUGCAAAGGCAAUUGGAUUUCCAUGGCUCAUGACAAUUAUAGGGAUCGUGGACAUCCUCUUUGCUCCUCUGUGCUUUUUCCUUCGAAGUCCACCUGCCAAAGAAGAGAAAAUGGCAAUACUCAUGGAUCACAACUGCCCCGUUAAAACAAAAAUGUAUACCCAGAACAACAUCCAGGCCUACCCGAUAGGUGAUGAAGAAGAGGAGUAUGAAAGCGAUGAAUAACAGUAAAAGCCAUAUAAUCUAUUUUGGUGUACACAAUGCAGUGUUUCAUGUGAAACAUCUCAUCCAGAAAUAUGUUUAGUUGUACUGUAGAUUUAAUAGUGAAAUGGUCAAAAAACCAAAGGUAUAUUAAUCAUCUCCCAUGGUUAUAAAGCAGACUGCUAACUGCCUUAUAAGAAGGGAAAAAAGCUUUUAUAGAGGAUUUGUAUAGUGUUUACCUUUAUUUUGUGUAUUUAAUUUCAUUGAAUAUUACACAGUAUAUUUUUGAUUAAAUGUGUAGUGUAAAUCUGUAUAAACGUGAAUUUAAACUAUUUGAUUUUUCAAGUCAACUCACUGACCUACGCUUCACAUUCUGUUUGGAGUCAUAAGAACGAACCGAUCUCUUGAAUAUAACUUCUCUGAUUUAUUCUAUUGAUUAAAACCAACCAAACACAAAAGCCUUGCAAAGCUCAAAGAAAACCUAUCCAAUUUCCAGUUUUUUAAACUGUACCCUGGUAAGUACAUCCACACACAGGUGCUGAAGGCUGGAAUUAAGAGUGUAGACACCGCUAUGAAUUUUUUGAUCAAUUUUGGAUCGCAUAUUAUUAAAAUAAAAGGCACAACUACUUUGCAAUUUGAAAAAUGAACUGUACCUGACCACUCAUGGAAUGCCUGGAAAAAUAAGUAUUUUGAACAGAUGAGUAUAUUGCUAUUAGUCUGUACAAUUUAAUGGAGUUUUAAUCAGCUAAGCAGUUGUGCAAGAUGAAGUGCCCGAAGACACAUACAGUACUGGGUAAACAAGUAUGUUUGAAUGUACAUAGUUCCUUUCCCUGAAAGGGAAUAAGAACUACAUGAAGAUACUUGUUUAUAUUUCUAUCUUUUGGAUCUUAUUUUUAAUAUCUCAAGUUUAUUUCAGAUGCAUCCUAAGUGACUGGCUAGAAAAAACUGCAGUAUCAAAGUAUUUAGACUCAGCAUGUACUGGAAGUAAGCUACUAACUUAAGCAGUUCACAAAAAUAUUUUACAUGCAUUUGCAUACACAUUUAGAAAUUCAGCAUAUAUUUAUUUUUUCAAAAAAAAAGAAUUAAAAAUAUCAACUUUCCCAAAGAUAAUGAAAAAUGUCCUGUUUGCUGCCAAUUUCUCUUAACAUCUGGGGAGAUGGUCUAAUAGCGGAACACAGCGCUGGAUUACAUGGUCUCUGCAAUGAGAAAAAUACGACUGAAAAAAAGCAUUUAAAACAAUUCACAAUGUUCUUAUCAACUGUGGUGUAUCUUUUUAUUUGUAAAAUUAAAAUCUUUAUGUGCCUUCUUUCAUGUAAUUGCAGAUGUUUUAUGUACUGCAGCAUAGAUACUAUGUUUACAUAUAGUUUUGUAAAGUGUAUAUACUAUGGUCAGAAAAUAUGAAGAAAUAGUGGAUCAAACUUCAAAUAUUGCUUUGUCGAAAAUUAUGCAUUCAGACCACAUUAAAAUAAAGGUAUCUAAAAUAAUUUCAUGAUCUAUUGUAAUAAAAGAAAAAAAUUAACCUCCCCCCUCAGAAUUUGCUCUAUGCAUUGUGAUCUUCUGUAUACUAUAAAAGAAAAAAAAAAUCCAGCUCCUGGGAAAGCACACCUUGGUUCUAGUCCCUUUGUUGUGUUUGAGGACAAACAUUUUCACUCUAGGUCACAAAUACAUGCAACUUCUUUAUGCAACCACAAAAGCUUCCAAAAGCUGCCUAUCGCGUGACGGCUGAUCCGAGCUUUAACAUCUGUGAAAUGGGUAAGGACAAACUGUGCAUUACCAGGAUACACACACUUGUGGAGCCCACCAGAAGAGUGUUUAAGAGGGAAUAUUCUGAGAAAACAUCCAAAGACGCUUGAAUGAUGUGAAAGGCCAAGCAAUAUGUUCCGUGGUUGAUUUGAAAAUCCACUUAAGAGGUUUUAUACCAGCGUAUUUUCUACUGCGUUCUUGUGAAUAUGUAACAGAGGGAAAACCUUCCUUCAAAGCUGAGAGGUGGUUGAAGACAGGCAUUAAAAGAGCAUAAACUAAGACUCUGCAGCAUGCCAAGUUUAUCACUGCCGCUAAGUAACACUUGUGCAUGUCGAUGAAUAUUUACAUUAGGUUCUCAUUUUGCUGUUGUAGAGCAUUAGGAUACUCAAAAUUUUGCCCCGAGAGAAGGUAUUUUAGUUCACAGAACAUCAAAUUGUUAAUCCAACUGAAGUUGGAUAAACCAAUGUUGGAAUUCAGAGUGACCACCGAGCGAGGUCGGUUAUUCUCCUGCUGGUUAUCUAACGGAUCACUUAAAUGCACAAACAUUGAAAUGUAAUGCAAAAAGAGCAGUUACAUACCAAAAAGAGCAUAGACUGGCUUACUUCAUGUAUUGGUUUGGUACUUCUGAGCAAAUCAAAGCUAAGAACAGCUCACAUUUAUCUGCAGCAGAAGGUGAGGAUGAGAAGGAGCCCCAGGGACAGAUGAACCAAUUGAAUUCCUGUGCUGCAAACGGGGCCAGGGCACUUCUGGACCUUCAGGACCAGCCCUUUGCUAUGCUUUGUUCUGCAGCUGCCCCUGCACAGGAAGGCAAAGUUAAGGGCCACACGUGGGGCUGUCUGUGCUCUACUUUUUACCCCAAACAGACAUCAAGCAGUCAUUCUACCUUUUGGAUUUUCUGCGGCAUGAAGAAAUAAGGGGAUUUUAUCAGCUAGUAAUCGAGCAGCAACCCUAAGCAGCACAGAAAACUUUCUGUCCUAGAAUAAUUUGGGUUCUCCCAGGUUUUGUAUAUUUUUGUGUAUUUUUUCUCCCAUUACUCAGUCCUACCUUGAAGGUGUAAACUUCCAUGCAUGAUUUAUUUCCAAUUCCAGGAAAAAGAAAAAAAGGAUGGGGAAUUAGAAUGAAAAAUUGAUUAAACAAAAAAUGAGCAAGUAAACAGUAGAGACUUGUUUAGUUAUCCAUUAACAUUUUCUGAGGGAAAGAUUUUUUCUUUCUUGCAGAAAAAAUUCUGGAAGUCAGAAUUUUUUGGAUACCUCCUCAUCUCCCCCCACACAGCAACUCCACUGAUAGUUCCCAUUGCCAAUAACUGAACAUUAUUUGUAUAGAGGUUAGAAGUCUCAAAAAUAAAUAUAUAUUUGGCAUUUUAAUACUAUCUAGCUACACAGUGAAUCAACUGAAAUCACCAUUUUGAAUUAAUGUCUAUUAUUAAAUUCUGUAGAACAAAGAUAAACACAUAUCCAAAUACAAAGAACGCAUGAAAGCCCAAUCCAAUCUGGCACUCAGUAACUUUAUUUAAUGCAAAAUGUGUCUUCUUCUCCCAAAGAUAUUUUCAAGCAGUGGCUUUAGAUGACAAACUGGUGUGAUACAAAUGGUUAAAAAAUAUUGAGACAAAGCAAAGAAGAUGAUAAUUUAGCAAAACUAUUUUAUUAAAGCUUGUUCUCAUGAUAAAAUAAUAGCCAACAAAAUCAUAUUAGGCAGAGUUUCUGCAAGUGUGUGUAGCUGCCACCUAUUCAGAUAUCAUUAAGUCAAGAUAUUCUUGUUUUCUGUGGUAUUCUUUAUUUUCAGCUAUUUACAAUCAAGCAUGAAGCAAGGAUUACAUCAGGAAUGUAUUACACUCUUCCCCUCAAGAUUCACCAUGUAUUGUAAUUAAUGCCAGAUAGGAAUUUAUUUUCCUUCUUAUCACUAAAAUACAACUAUUUUGCCCUUUUCCCAUUCAGUAUAUUUAAAAAUAUUGCACUACGUUUAAUUUAUCUCUUACAAUCAUCAUUAGCAGUACUAUACAAGGAAAACUAUAUCCAGCUUUUCUUAUCCACUGUAUUACACAAGUAAAUUUGAAACCUUGAAUGCAUUUUUGAAAUUGGUAUUUGCAUUGUUUUCACAGCUCCUUCAUGUGUACCAGGGUUUAAAUGAAGUACUUGGAUAUAUUUGAAAACUUCUAUAGUAGUCCAUAAGAGCAAACACUGAUGGAGAUUUAAUGCAGAUCGCCACCAAUGGUAAGCCACUGAGAAAAUGGAGUGGGAAAGUCUUAAUAUGCAUCUCAAGCAGGUAUAGGUUAAAUAACUUUUAGUCGAUAAGGGAAGCUAAUUUUGUGCGAUUAUUUGCUGAAGCUUAAUUUCAGAAGUGUGACAUGCCUAUUUUAGCAUGGAUAGUGUUUUCCAUACAUCAGCUAAAUAAUUAUCAACUGCCCAGAACUCACAAAAAGUGCAAGUAGUUGCAUGAAUGGAAGUAAUUUUUUUCAUUUAGAAGUACAAGUAUGCUUUUCCAUCUGUGAAAACCGUUGCUUCUUAAUUUUGCCCACCAUGAAAUAAACUGAGAAGCAAAUUUAAUGGAGAGCUACGUUACAGACUGCCUGAAAAUUUAAAUUAUUUAUUUUACCAUCUUAGAUUCAACUCCAUUUCCACAAAGGCAUUUUCCUACUAUCAAUGAUACCAGUGAUAAUGACCCUAAUGCAGUACCUAAAAUAAAGAUGAUAUUUUAUAUGGCAUUUCUAUACAGAGAAUGAAACUUAAAGUCAUGUUUACAGGAAAUAAAUAAGAACAACGGCCUUAGCCAGAUAAUGCUAAAAUCCACAAUUUACACACAGCACAAGACCAGAUAGUUCUUUUCAAAAGCUGCUGGCUGAAAUUCUUCCUCUUGACUAGUGGACUCACUUAUUUUGACUCAAAAAGAAAACAUGUUAUAUACACUAUACGACAUUUUUCCUGAAAAAGGUGAUCCUCUGCUCAGACUGCCUCUUCUGUCUGAGAAGCUGAAUGCAAUUUGCCCACUGUGGUUACUCAAAAAUGUUGAGAGACAAUGUUUAGGUGUGUUGUCAACUCUUACUUUGUACCUUAAGCUUUCUGAAAUGAUAAAAUCUGCAGCAAAAUAUUAAAACUUCUGAAAUUACUUGAACUGUCAUUACACGCUUUUUCAUAGAAUGCAAUGAAACCUCCAACUCUUGUGAAGAACAUUUUUUUUUCCUUUAUCAGCUUAUCAGAUAAUACAGCAAUACUUAAAGACAAUUUUGUUCCAGAAGGCAACCAGCUUCUUUUAUCUCCAAAAUACUCUCAGUUCAAUUAUUACCGGUGUGUACUUCAGUAUCUAAUGUAAUUGCAUCAGGCUACAGUAUUACAAAGUUGUAAGAAGGCUUUUUCUAGCAUGGCAUUGUUACGAACUAUGCUAACAACUAUGAAAAGUUUUUGCAUUUAACAAAAGGAUGGAAAACAAAUGACCUGAUAUUCAAUAACUUUACCAAGUAUUAUUAACAGACA